AUGCGGGCGACAAGCCGAAGCCCUGCGGUUACAGUACCCGUGAUAUUUCUUGAAUGCUUCUCCAAGAUAGACCAUGGCAUCAACAUAAAAGACGGGUUGUUUCUCAGAAGGUCCCAGGCUGCCAACCAGAUCUCAAAAGGCCUCAUUGAAAAACCUCACAUCUUGAAGAUUCCUCCUAUUUCAGUCCGAGAGAUUGUCAUGGCUACCAACAGGGAAAAGAUGAGCCCAGACCAUAUCGAGUCUGGCUCUUCGAUGCUUCAGACCGAGCCACAAGGCAAAGAGAAUGCUCCAGCUGGACAUAUCCCCUUAACGAGCGAGGAAAAGAUGCUGAGCCGAGGUUUGAACCGGAAACUUGACGUCUGGUUGCUCCCAUUCCUAUCAUUAUUGUACCUCUUCAAUGGACUCGACAGAGGCAAUGUCGGCAACGCAGAGACACAAGGUGAUCCCAGCCCGCAGGAAGUUGGUUACCAAGUAAAGCUAACCACAGUCCCAGGCUUCACCAAGGACAUUGGAGCUCAUCCCGACGACCUCAACUUAGCAGUGAGCCUGUUCUUCAUCACCUUUGUCCUAUUUCAGCCUCCCUCAGCAGCUGCUGGAAGGUGGAUGGGUGCCAGAUAUUGGAUACCCAUCAUCAUGGUAUGUUGGGGGAUCCUUACAAUCGCACAAGCCUUCAUCAAAGGUCGAAGUGCCCUUAUCGCCACUCGGCUCCUCAUCGGGUUGUUCGAAGCAGGGUUUUAUCCAACCGCGGUAGCAUAUCUGUCGACAUUCUACACACGAUUCGAUCUUGCAGUGCGCAUUGGGUUGUUCUACGGCCAAUACGCUAUUGCUGGCGCGUUCUCCGGCUCAAUCGCAUAUGGAGUCUUCCAUAUAAAGCACAGCAGCCUCAAGAACUGGCAAUACCUGUUCAUCAUCGAGGGGGUUGCAACCUGUGUCGUCGCAAUCAUUGCGUUGUUCUGGCUACCCCAAGGUCCUGGCAGCGCUUGGUUCUUGACUAAGGAAGACCGAGCUUAUGCCGCCGAACGCAUAAGACUUGAUAAUGUUAUGUACAUCCAGCACAGGUAUGGCGAAAGCGGUGUCGAGGAAGAUCGACUGACCAAGCGAGAUGUCGUGGAGACGGCAAAAGAUUGGAAGCUAUGGUAUGUACUCUUCUUCAACAUCCUCGCCAGUGUACCUGGCCAGGCCUUUUCGGUCUUCCUGCCCUUAGUCGUCAAGGGCCUCGGAUACUCCUCUAUUCAAGCAAAUCUAAUGUCUGUGCCGCCAUAUGUUUGUGGUGCUGCUGGUCUGUAUAUGUUCGCAUUGAGCUCCGAUCGAAGAAAGGAGAGAGGUUACCACAUUGUGUGCGGUCUUCUCAUCGCACUUGUGGGACUGAUCAUCACAGUCACCGUCAAGGGACACGGUGGCAAGUAUGCAGGACUUUGCAUCCUCCUUUUUGGAAGCUACGUCUCCGCUCCGCUGACGGUCGCCUGGCUGAGCGGCAAUACUCCUGAGCCUGGGAAGCGAGCUCUGGUCCUCGGUGUGAACGGCUUCGGCAACCUAUCUGGAGUCAUCGGCUCGCAAUUAUUUCGCAAAUCUUAUGCGCCAGAAUAUUUGAUACCAUUCUAUGCUACGCUCGUAUUCAUCGCGGUCGCAUUGGCCGGCUAUGUCGCUUACAGAUUCACCCUUGCAGCUGUGAACAGGAGGAGGCGGCAGAAAUUAGAUGCCAUGACGCCGGAAGAGGUCGAGCAAGAGAGAACAACGUCGCUGAGAUAUGCUGAUCGGAAGUACACCUUUACUUACGGCCUGUGA